AUGCCUGCUAGGCCUUGGCCAGAAUUCACGAUAGAUCAAAUCUGCGGAACUUUCGAUCUCCUUGAACACACAUACAGGUCUUGGAUGUUGGAGAUGCCCAAGGCUCGCAGCGCUUGUGCUGGCUCAGCAGCUGCAAUGUGCGCAAGAAUCCCUCCUGGUUUCCAAGCUGGUCUUCCAGACGCGCAACUUCCGGACUCAGAUGAUUCAGACGGCAUGUCAACCGCUUCAAUGUCACUCUUCUCUGUUGCAACUUUUAUGACACCGCCUCGCCAUUUGCUCCCUGAAGAACUGGCCAGGGACCCGAACGCCCCAUCUGACGAUGAAGACGACCCUGAUUCCGAAGCAGAGAAGGAAUUAAAGCGUCGCUCCGUGAGGGAUCUGAAAUUGCGGAUGAAAAGUGUCGAGACAUGGACGCGCAAGGCUGACGGGUUAGUCGUGGAUGAAAAGUCAAUUCUCAACGAUGACGAAGUAGCACAAGUGGAUGAAGAGUUCAAGGAAGAGCCGCGGACAAUGUCGAGCGUGGAAUUGGACAAGCCAGACUAUCUUCAAGUACCAGGCCUGCUCAAACGCAAGCGGGGGUCGUAG